AAAAUAAAAAAUUUGAAACUUGACAAAUAAUUCGAGUAGUAAAGGCGAGUAAUCGAUAUAUUGACAAGUAGUACUAAUACUUUUCCAAGAAGCGAGUCUUUGUUUGUUUUGUCUCUCAACCUCACCAUCCCCACAACUUCAAUCUCAAGGUAGAAAAUGAACCAGGUGCUGAUAACCUUAGGUGAAUAAAUAUAGAACAAGAUGGGAGGUUGCUGCUGCUGUUGUUCAAGAGAAAGGGAACUGAACAGUUCACCUCCAUUUUAUCAUUAUCCAAGAGUGUCAGAGGAGCAUCAGCCUUUGUCCUCCCAUACUGGCACAUCCACUGUGCUCUCUACGGGGUUCUUAGUUGAUCCAAACCUUGAAACUUCAAUUCCAGACACUUACAGGCCACCACCGGCACCUAUACCAUAUGAUGCAAAUUUAGGACGGCCCCAUACUGCAUCAGCCAAUCAGUCUGUUGAAGAAAGUAACAACGGGAUCAGUCAUGAAUCAACACCUAAUAUCUCAAAUAAAAGUGAUAUUAAAGUACAGUCUGACACCGUUCUCGACUCGUCAAAAGAAGGGGAAGAUGAACUUCAAAAAUCUGGUGAACUCAAGAAGUCUAAUGAACCUUUGGUGCUGGAGGAGGAGGAAUGUUGUCCUACUUGUCUUGAAGAGUAUGAUGCAGAAAAUCCAAAAAUCAUCACAAAAUGCGAGCAUCAUUUUCACCUUGCAUGUAUUCUUGAAUGGUUGGAAAGAAGUGACACAUGCCCCGUGUGUGAUCAGGAAAUGAUUUUCGAUGCCACCACUGAUGCAUAGCUUAAUUGGGCUUACCAGAUUGGAUAUUAAUCAUUAAAAGUGGAGGUACUAGAAUUGAAGAUAUUGGAAGAUUGGGGUUUAGUUCUGUUUCUCUAGCAGUCUUCUGUACACUUUAGUGCUUGCAGCUUUAUUCUGUAGUUAGGUAAUUUUGUUUAUAAAUACUUUUCCUUGUCUAUUGCAAGUGUCUUCCCAGGCGCUGUGCAUUUAUAUUCGAGAAAACAGGAAAAGAAAAGACGACACACAAGGAAGCAAAUGGAUAGUCACAGAUACUUUUAGGGACCAAUUUUUCGUUUUUUUUCCUCUUUACAUCCUUUGAUGAUGUUAGGAUCAAUAGCAGCUCAGAAGCGAGGCAAGUGAUACUUAACGGUGUCUGUGUUGUGUUCAUGAUGUUUCCUUGAGAAGUUUGCUAUAUGGUUGCUUCUGUAUAUAUUUUGUGUUUGUUGGAGGAUACCGCUCAGAUAAUUAAGAAAAUGCUGGUAGGCAGGCAUAUUAUGUAACAGUGAUUAAUGUGAAUAUAUACUGUAGUCAUUGGGUCCUUGGUUAUUGA